AAUUCAUUCUCUCCUGCUAUUUCAGUCGCAGCAACAAACCCUAAUUCACACCUCGCGGCCGUUCUCUCUCUCUGCAUGCAAUGGUGAAGAAGAGAGAGAGAAGCGUGAACGUCUCCGGUAAACCAAAGCACUCUAAUGACGCCAACCGCAGCAAUGACACCAAAAACGAGUCACGCUCCGCCGCCACUGUUCGCCGUCUCAAGAUGUACAAUACCAAACCCGUCCGCAACCGUAAGGGCCGUGUCUUAUACGAGCCGUUUCAACUCCCAUACCUUCCAUCCACGAGAAUCAAACCCGAUAGUCAAUGGUUCGGGAAUACUCGUGUUGUGAAUCAGAAAGAGCUCGAGUUUUUUAGAGAAGAAAUGGCGAAGCAUGGUUCCAGUAAUUAUAAUGUUGUUAUCAAUGGGAAGAAUUUGCCCAUGUCGCUUCUCAAUGAUUACCAGAAGCAAUCUAGGGUUCACCUUCUUGAUAGAGAGCCUUUUCUGCAUGCGUUUGGACCUAAGACUAAAAGAAAACGUCCAAGCCUUUUGGCUUCUGAUUAUGAGUCUUUAGCUAAAAAAGCUGAUGUUUCUCAAGAUGCUUUUGAAGAUGGCAAUGAAGCUGAUGAUGGAUUUAGAGAUUUAGUGCGACAUACCAUGUUUGAAAAGGGUCAAAGCAAACGCAUAUGGGGUGAGCUCUACAAGGUGAUAGAUUCUUCAGAUGUUGUUGUGCAGGUUAUAGAUGCAAGGGAUCCACAAGGUACAAGAUGUUACCAUUUAGAGAAGCAUUUGAAAGAAAACUGCAAGCACAAACACAUGGUGCUUUUGUUGAACAAGUGUGAUCUAAUUCCUGCUUGGGCAACAAAAGGAUGGCUUAGGGUUUUGUCAAAGGAAUAUCCAACUCUAGCAUUCCAUGCAAGCAUUAAUAAGUCUUUUGGAAAGGGUUCGCUUCUAUCGAUUUUGAGACAAUUUGCAAGAUUGAAAAGCGAUAAACAAGCAAUAUCUGUUGGUUUUGUUGGAUAUCCAAAUGUUGGGAAGUCAUCUGUGAUCAAUACAUUGCGUACGAAGAAUGUUUGCAAGGUUGCUCCAAUUCCAGGGGAAACAAAAGUUUGGCAGUAUAUAACCCUUACAAAGAGGAUCUUUUUGAUUGAUUGUCCAGGAGUUGUCUACCACAACAAUGACUCUGAAACAGAUGUUGUGCUGAAGGGUGUGGUACGUGUAACAAACUUGAAAGAUGCUGCUGAUCAUAUAGGCGAGGUUCUGAAACGUGUGAAGAAGGAGCACUUGACAAGAGCCUAUAAAAUAAAAGAGUGGGUUGAUGAAAAUGACUUCCUACUUCAGCUUUGCAAAUCAUCUGGCAAACUCCUUAAGGGUGGUGAACCUGACCUUAUGACUGCAGCGAAGAUGAUACUUCAUGACUGGCAGAGGGGUAAAAUUCCCUUUUUUGUUCCUCCUCCACGGCUGGAAGACUUGUCCAAGUCCGAGGAGCCUAAUGUUAAUGGCAUUGAUGUUGAUGAGGCUAAUGUUAAUGGCAUUGCUGUUGAUGAGGCAGUUGACCAUUACCAGGCAUCUGCUGCCAUUAAAGCUAUUGCAAAUGUUCUUUCGUCGCAGCAGAAACAAAUUGUGCCAGUUCAAGGUGAUUUGUGUAAUGAGAAUGAGUUAAAGGGAGAAACUGCUGACCAACUUCCAAACUCGGAGGAUGAUACAGAUGAAGAUAGCGACACAUUUGAGCAGGAUCCAUCCACUGAGGUUCCAUCUGAACAGCUUACUCCUGCAGCUGGUCCCAACAAAUGAAUAAUGAGUUUCGGUUGCAGUUGCAGGACUUCAUUUGUCUCAAAUACGAUUGUCAAAUGCAUCAAUUUUGCUUUUGGGAGUUCGGUUCUGGUAAUAUAAAUGAAGCUUCAGUGAUGGUUAUCAACUGGUCUUCGGAUGCAGAGAGGAUUUUGAUUUCAUGAGCAUAGUUUUUUAGUAAUAAUAGUUUGCCCAAUGAUGGAUAUUUUGUUUUGUUUGUUUGUUAUUAUUGCCAUUCUAAGUUAUUUUGCUAUCUAUAUUGUAAGAGUUCGGAGAAGUUUGAAUUAACUGUUUGUUUAGCACUAGGCCUUGAUAUGCCUGUUUUAAAUCCUAAAA